CGGUUGCUCCGCUUUUCACCCCUUGGCCCUUUGCCAUGGCGCGCAGAGAGCGGCGCGCCAAGCGGAUGGCAGAUUGGUAUGGACUUGCCGUGGAAGGUGAGCGCGGCGCUGCGGCAAAGAAGCAGUGUGUUGCGCGAGCCGAAGAGGUCGCUGAGAAGCUUCCUCCAGGAGCUGCGAAAGGUCUGCAAAAUGCAGCGCCUUCAGGCCCGGAAGGCAUUGAUCCAAUAACCAUGGAGCGGCUUCUGAGCCAGGUGCAAAAAGGUGGUCCUUCGGUACAAAACGAAGCGCUCGUCGCAGUGACAGGCCUUCCGCCACAGCAUGCGGCAAAGCUCUUGGAGUUUGCCCUUGAGAAGUCCAAGGAGCUACGGGACCCGUCGAUGUAUAUGGUGUCCACGGUGGCAAGGGGCUUCAAGCCCAGAUGGCACGAAAUGGUGGAGGCCUCUGUCCCUUCCAAAGGAAAAGGCGUACAACUUGAGCUGGCGCAAGAUCGAAAGCCGCACAAAGCCAGGAGUGUUCUACUGGGAGAAUUUUCACACAGGCCAGAGAUCAGUGGACGACCCGCGACGUCCGGUUUCUCCUUCCCCUGUGCGUGGUGGGAACCUUGCGGCCUGGUGCAGAUGGAAGCCAUGCGCUUGGGCACGCUGCCGAUUGUGGCACCCACCGGUGGUCUCAAAGACACCGUAGAGGAUGGUGUGAACGGCCUUUGGACCGAGAAGGAGAUGACAGUGGAGGCGGUCAUUGAGGAGGAGUCGGUGAGCGCCAUCUCCCAGGCGCUGCGGCGGGCGGCAAAGCUCUUCACCGAGGAACCGGCCAAGGUGGUGAAGAUGAAGCAGGCAGCCAUGGCCGCCGCUGCGGAAUUCACCUGGAGCAACGCGGCGCUGCAGUACGAGGCCAUCUUCCAGGA